UUUCUUCGACUUCCGGUUUCAACGGGUAAGGGAAAAAUACAGAUACGAAAUUUGAUUAGAGAGGAAAUUGUGUACAAAGCAUAUUGCAGCAUAAAUACAGAGUAACAGAACCUAGGAAAAAUGCCCCCAGUUGAUAGACAUUUCUUAUGGAACAUAUUCCACAGGAUCGACAAAGACAAAAAUGGAUCGAUUAGUGGUGAUGAAUUGCAACAGGCGUUAGCAAACGGUUCAUGGACUCCAUUUAACCCAGAGACGAUUCGACUUAUGAUGGGUAUGUUUGAUACUGAUGGGAAUGGUGUGAUUGAUUUUAAUGAGUUUGCAGCACUGUGGCAAUAUGUUUGUGAUUGGCAAGAAACUUUUAGAAGUUUUGAUUUGGAUAACUCAGGGACAAUUGACAGAAAUGAAUUAAAAUCAGCACUGAAAAACUUUGGAUUUAACCUUUCAGAGAGGUUUUAUGACAUUUUGAUACUAAAAUUUGACCGCACUGGACGUGGAGAUGUUCGCUUUGAUGAUUUUAUCCAGUGCUGUGUUGUCCUACAGACGUUGACAAAUGCUUUCAAACAAUAUGAUCACAAUUUAAACGGUUGGAUAACUGUAAGCUACGAACAAUUUCUUACAAUGGUAUUCAGCUGCAAGACAAAGUGAUGUUACUUAUUAAUAUGUUAUAGUCUGCCUACGUAGUCAUAUAUAAAAGCUCAUUAAUUUUUCCCACAUUCGGCGACAAAAAUCGUAGCGUUUACGCCGGCUGCUGGCUUCCUUUUAUUAAUUUGUCCUCAUUUGAUAGAUGUCCUCCUCAAAGGCCUGUUUACACUACACGGUUAUGCCGUUAUGGUUACAAAUGUAUCAAAACUAACCAUAUCAGGGGGAGUUUUACCCAAAAAGUAUGAUGGUAUGAUUCCUUUAAAGCUAAGCAAAUGGAAAAGUUCAGGGGUCAGAGAUACUUUAAAACAACUUAAACUGAUGUCGUGCAUGACCAUGUGAAUCCGGUAUAGUGUAAACGUGGUCUAUAAAAAGCUAGUAGAUAUACUUCGAGAUUUUCGGCUGCCUAUAGCUAAUUGCCCUACUUGACAAGGGUACUUAGAUCGGUGCAUGAUCCAUAGUUCGAAGUUAUCAGAUCAGUGCAUUAGCCAUUUCCAAUGGUGUGCUGUUUCUUUCCAAUAUUAUGUAGACCCAAAAUUCUAGUCUUUCCCAGACUAAAUACUAAAGAGUCCGGGGCUGGUUGUAUAAAACUCUUUUACUACAUUUUGCAUAGUUAAAUCCUACAGUUAACUCAGAAAUCUGAUUGCCAAUUCCUUCCUUAACUAAAGUUAACUGUCUAGUCUUUUAUACAACUAGCCCCUGAACUAGCUAUAACAUUGGUAUACUUAUCUGCGAAGUUCGUCUAUUUGACGGGUAAGUUGUUUGCAUGUGUGUUAGCCAGCGUUAACUCUGAAUAUACAGAGACGAAUUAUCGGACAAGAUAUUUCUAAAAAUCGACGUAUGCAUGUUUGAUGCAUUGCGCUGCUGAUCUUGUUGUUUUAGGCGGCGUUGCGCGCUCGUUCUUAAAAACGCAAAAUAAUGUUGUAAAAUAAAAUUAGCAAUGCAUGUGGUUCGUAGCGAUAUUAGUAGAUACUGUAUGUUAAUAGGUUAAUAAUAUUGUAGAUAAUCAUAGAGCUUAGUAUUUUUGCGCAAUUGGGUGCAGAACAGCGGUAGUUUCAUGUUGAUCGUACGUAGUGAGUAGGUGGAUGGAUAAAGAAAAUAUAUGCUUGCAUGUAAAUGAAUUAAAAAAGCAUUACCGAAUUCUUUACUCUGAAUAAAACGGCUUUAUUCCAAUAUUUUGUUGCCAUUUCUUUUCGUGGAAAUUCGCAAGAAUGCAUCUGGUGUGCAAUGCAACUCUGCCUUUAAGGGGCAGCCGUUUUGAAACGCAACGCAUUUACCACCUCGUAGCAAAUAAUACCUCAGAUUUUUGCUGGCUGAAAACCAAUCAAAUCACCGAAAAUAAUACUUGUCAUAAAGCAACAUUAUACUAUAUAGGGCUGUUAUGUGUUACACAAAUGGGUUACACGUAGGUACACGUAUAAGUUUAAUCAUGAACGUAUAAGGUCUUGCUUAAAAAGUGGUAUAGGUUUGACUCUUAUUAAAAUGAGAUGCUGAUCAGACUUCUGAAUCAGAAGCUUUUGCUAAAUGUAACAUUCUUCUUUUGCCAAUUAAAGUCGUUAAAGGCGGUUGAAUAUCGCGAGAAAUACCCUUUCAUUUCUGUUGGUAGCCAAUUGAUGAAAAAAGUACAUUUGUCUGAUGCAAUCAUGUUUCUUUACGCUCUGAUUUGAAGGUAAUAAAAAAAAUUCAGUUUUCUACUGACUUCUAGUUAUUUU